CACAUGUCGCUCAUCUUAUAACAUUUGGCAUGCAUGUUGCAGCAUAUUUCUCAAAACCACAAUUUGUGACAAGUGUCUUAACCAUUGUUUAUAUGGCGGCAGUUUUAUUUUAUACGAACAUGACAAACCAAGAAGCUUUCAGCGUUAUACCAUAUUUUGGUAUAAUAUUUCCAACUAUUAUGAUUUCUAGACUUUUUGAAGAAACAAAUGCUUAUGAAAGUAAAUUGAUUGGUAUACAAUGGAGCAAUUUUUUUAUUUCUGGGCGACCAGAACAUUAUGGUAUUAUAGGAAGUCCAGGUUUUAUCUUUCUUUUUUCAAUCUUGGGUGCUGCGAUACAUUUUACACUUGCAGUAUAUAUAAAU